CAUGUACAUCAUAUGGUAUAUACAUUACACAUAUAUAAAUAUAAAAAAAUAUACGAAACAGUAUUAUCAGUAUUUAUAAAAGAAAGGGGGGGGGGGUUGGAAAGUUGUGGUUGACACGGAGCCUCUCUGCAGCUAUAUGUGUUUCAUGAUAGAGAUGUCUCUGUGGCCAUUAAUAGGAAGUUACAACACGGGCCAACACACAUGCUCACACUCACUCAAACACACACGCGCAAACGCCCAAACACAACACACGCCACACACUCAGAGAGAGAGAGAGAGAGAGAGAGAGACUGGCAAAGGUGGUGAGUUGGGGUUUUGCUGGCCAGCAAGAGUAGGAACUACAAGUAUCAGUAGCUACAGUAUGCUGUCCAUCUGAACUUAGAGCUUGGCCUGGUUGGGUGCCACGAUGGGGAAUGCGAUGUGGGCCAGGGGAGCUGGGAACGAAACACAUUCGGAUUAUCAUGACAGUGUGCUAAAAGCAGAAGAACAUGACACACUUGUCGUGCUCCAUGAUUAUCCGUCUCCAGACAUCAGUGACCCCAUCUUCAGGAUGGGCGAGAAGCUGAGAGUUUUGUCUCGGGAAGGUAACUGGUGGAGAGUCCGGGCUGGCCAGUCAGGAAGUGAAAACUACAUCCCUUAUGACCAUGUCGCUAAAGUCUACCAUGGAUGGCUGUUUGAGGGAGUGGUGAGGCAGAAGGCGGAGGAACUACUUCGUCUCCCUGGAAAUAGACCCGGGUCUUUCAUGGUCAGGGAAAGCAUUCAUGAAAGAGGUGUCUACUCAUUGUCUGUCAAGCAUCGAACCAUCAUGCACUAUAAAAUCUUUCGGCUGGAGAACAGCUGGUUCUACAUCUCUCCUCGUUUGACAUUCCAGUGUCUGGAAGAUAUGGUCAAUCAUUACUCUGACUCCUCGGACGGACUGUGUUGUAUCCUCACGGCGCCUUGCCUGUCGGAGACCACCAGCCCGCAGGACAUCCCCUCCCAGCCCCCACCCGUUGUGAUGCGGCGCAACAACUUUGACUGGAAGAAAGUGAACAGGAGAGAUCUGGUCAGUACAGCGGCUCUUCAGGGCCAGGAUAACCGGGACACUGCGGUGAGUUACGGCGUCAGGAACAGCAUCGCCUCCUACCUCUCACUGACUGGCACUCAGGAGCCUGAAGAGCGGAAGAAGAACCGCAAGAAGAAGAGCAAGUCAGUGUACGUGAUGCCUGACUACAGCCUCAGUCAUAUGGACCUCGAGGACGAGUACGAGACGUAGACACCUGUGUUGUACUGAAACCAACCGACUGCCCUUCUGACUCGUAACCUUGUCUUGUCAUCACACUCUGAUCUCAGUAACACGAAUCACACCCAAGGAUAGGUUUAGAGAAUAAGACUUAAGAGAAACAGAGGAGCAGGUGAUCGCAGGUCCGAAAUGGACAAGGAAAUCAACACUCUGAACUGCGCAACUGAAUCGAUACUGUGAAUAAUUGCGAGAACCAGAACUAAGCCUUACAUGCACACUCGGCUACUCUAUUAAGAAUAAUAUUGUCUUUUACAACAUACUAUUUUCCAUUUUAUGCACUCACUGGUUCAUAUCUAACUACGAGGUGUUUAACUACUAGUUAAUACCUCAGUGGGAUUUAAUGGGGUUUGGAGUUUGUCUUUUUUUCCUUCAAACGCGCUGGCAUCGUGACAGUCUACGACAGACUUGAGUGCUGCGGUGACAAUGUUUAUAAAUAGGCUAAUGUGUGGAUGUGUGGGUGUGUGGGCUAAUGUAUGGAUGUGUAGAUGUGUGGGCUAAUGUGUGGAUGUGUGGUCUAAUGUUUGUGUCCUUCCGUACAGGUGUCAGUCAUUGCACUUUCAGGAUGUAACACUUGUAAAGGACAUUUGGUGAAUAAAGUUGUUUAUAAAUAAAACAGCAGUAUGUUAUUGUAUAA